AUGGAUAUGUCGAACUGGGAGCAGAAGAAUUUGCUAAGUGAGCUGGUUCAUGGGCUGAAGGCGGCAAAGCAGCUCCAAGCUGAGCUCGGAACAGCUCCUUCUCCGCCACCACCAUCGUUGUCUUCUUCUUCCUUAUGUAUGACGACGGAGAUGAGAGAAACCCUCCUACAUCAGAUCGUUUCUUCCUAUGAGAAAGCUAUUUUGAUGCUCAACGGUUCCAGCGUAGUACACAGUCAGAUGGCGGAGAUGGUAAAUCUUGCGGCGAAUCCUGUAGCUAACACCGGUAAAGUUCCAGAAUCUCCGACUUCGAUCAACGGAAGUCCGAGAAGUGAAGAGUUUAUUGAUGGCGGAGGAUCGAAAGAUUACAACUUGAGCUCUAAAAAGAGGAAGAUGUUGCCAAAGUGGACAGAGCAAGUGAGAAUUAGCCCAGAGAGAGGCUUAGAAGGACCUCAUGAUGAUGUCUUCAGCUGGAGAAAAUAUGGCCAGAAAGACAUUUUAGGCGCCAAGUAUCCAAGGAGUUAUUACAGAUGUACAUUUCGUAACACACAGAAUUGUUGGGCCACGAAACAGGUCCAGAGAUCGGACGAUGAUCCUACGAUCUUCGAUUUGACAUACAAAGGAAAACACACUUGCUCACAGGGAAUCCCACCUCGGGAUAAGCCAGACACUACACCAAACACAACACUCAUAAAUUACCAAAAUGACCUUCUCGCCAAUCUCAGGACCAAUCUUUCUGUCCGUACCAACGGGAUCGAGAGCGACGGUUUCUCAUUCCCAGUUACGCCACCGUUUUACUCGUACGAGUCCGAUUUCGGCAACGGUGGUGGAACGUUCUGCGACAUGGGAAAUUAUUCUCGUCCGUCGGAUUUUACGGGAUUGGUCUCCACUAAUACCUCUACAGGAAGUUCUCCAAUUUUCGAUGUGGAUUUUCAGUUUGAUCCAACGGCCGAGAUUAACACUGGUCUCCACACAUUUCUCCAUGAUUCGGUUUAACUUCAAUUAGGGAUUAAAAUAUUCUUUGAGAUUAUUAAUAUAGUACAAAAUAAGGAUUACUGUUUGACAAAAAUAAAACAUUUUGGAUUUUUAACGUAAAAGCCCCAAUUAAUUUUGUUUCGGGUAUAAAGCCCUCAAUUAAUGAUUCAAUAAAUAAAAACCCUAAGUAACUUUUCUUAACGAAUUAAACCCUCCUGUUACUUUUUCCGUCAAAGUUAAACAUAGCGUAUUUGGAAAGGAAUAAAACAACACAAUUGUAGAUAAACAACACGAUUUUUAAUUAGAAUGUCACGUAGUUUUACCCUUCCAACUUGAAAAUUAAGUCAAGUAAAAAUUUCCAAAGCCGACAUAGCUUAGAAUGAUGAACCCUAGUUUGCAAAAGAGAAGGGUUUUGAGUUUCGCUUGGUUCUUGUGAGAACUUGAGAGAGACUGAGUUUGAGAGGGGGUGAGUUUGAAUCUAGUGCGAGAGUUGAAAACGAGAAGCCUAGUAGUUCCUGCGGGUUUGAAAACGAAAAGUGAAAGUGAAAGAGUUGAUUCAGUGGUCGCUGGAAGAUGAACAG